AUGCCUGAUGAGCGAAGUGAUAGUAGUGAUGUGGCCAGUAAUGUGUUCAAAAGGCCGAACAUAAACCCUCCUGCUCACCUGAGGGUAUCUGAUGGAGAUGCGAUUGAGGGAUGGAAGAUGUGGAAACAGAUGUGGGACAACUACUGUGUGCUCACAAAUCUAUCUUCUCAACCUGAGGAAUACCAAACUGCUCUGCUCCUUCAUAGUAUUGGACCGGAUGGAGUAAGAAUCUACAAUGGCAUGAAGUUUGCCAGUGAUGAAGACAGCAAAAAGUGUCAUCUUAUCCUGGAGAAGCUGGAUUCCCACUUUCUUGGAGAAAGAAAGGAAUUUUUUGAGCGGUUCAAAUUUAAUCGCAGGAAUCAGGAAGGGGAGAACAUUGAACAAUACGUCACUGUGCUGAGAACCAUGAGCAAGUCAUGUGGUUUUUGUGAAUGUAUGAAGGACAAGCUACUGAUGGACAGACUGUUAUUAGGUGUGUCAGAUGACAGCAUGCGGGAGAAAAUGAUGGGAAUCCCAGACCUCACUCUGUCCAAAGCCAUUGACAUAUGCAAAGCUGUAGAAGCGGCGUCAUUGCAGAUGAAAGCUCUCAAGAAUGAGGAGGUAGUCUACAAGGUCUACAAGAAGGUCAGCACUGGUGCAUCUCAUUACUCUAAAAGGCCUGGCAAGAGCAGUGGUAAACUGAAGGAUGCAACUGACCCAAAACGUUGCAAAUUUUGCUGCAAAAUGCAUGAAAUGAAGAAGGAGAAGUGCCCUGCUUGGGGCCGCACAUGCAUGGCAUGCAAGCAAAAGAACCAUUUCAAAGGAUCUGAGGUUUGCAGAGCUUCAACCAUACACUGCGUGGAUGAUGAUUCUAGCUCGUCGUCAGGUGAGAGCAUUAGCUCUGUCACCGUACAGAAUAUCAAUGCGGUUGAUGCCAACAAUCGUCCUGUUUUCUGCAAAAUGCUGCUCAACGACACAGAGGUUGAAUUCCAAGUGGACUGUGGUGCUACAGUGAGUCUACUCCCACAGAAGUAUGUUGUUGCUCACAACGACAUAAGAAAGGAAGCAGUGCAGCUUCAAAUGUGGAACAAAUCAACAGUCACUGCAGUAGGAAAGUGCAAGAUUAAGACGAGGAAUCCUGUUAAUAACAAGAAAUAUGUUGUUGAUUACGUGGUGGUUAAAGAGAACCUGACUCCUCUCCUGAGCAAGAAGGCAGCAGAGAAGAUGAACCUCAUCACAAUCAAUUAUGAUAACUUUGAACAGAUAUAUGUUGCGACUUCAAAGGAUCUUGCAGAGUAUCCCGACGUCUUCUCAUCCUCCAAGAUUGGCACACUCCCGGGAGACCCAGUCCAUCUCUACCUUGACGACAAUGUAAAGCCCAGUAUUCGACCUGCUAGGACCAUUCCUGAAUCCUUGAAAGAUACUGUCAAGGCUGAACUGGAUGAGCUAGAGAGAAAAGGGGUCAUAGACGUCAUCACUGAUCCUACGGACUGGGUGAGCCAACUUUCGGUAGCGACACGGAAAUCGGGCAAGGUUCGUCUGUGCCUGGACCCACGACCUUUGAAUGUGGCAUUGAAAAGGGAACACUUCCCCCUUCCAGUGCUAGAUGACAUUCUACCCUCACUAACUGAUGCCUCUACCUUUUCUGUGUGUGACCUGCGUAAUGGCUAUCUUCAUUGUCCCUUAGAUGAGGAAUCCAGCCUGCUCACAACAUUUGCUACACCGUGGGGUAGGUACAAAUGGAAGAGGCUUCCUUUUGGACUAAAGGCGAGCAGCGAGAUCUUUCAGAGACGUCUACACCAAGCGCUAGAUGGCCUAGAUGGAGUCCGCUGUGUGGCCGACGACAUCAUUAUCUGGGGUUCUAGUGAACGGGAGCAUGAUGAUCGACUGGAAAGCCUGCUCAAGAGAUGCCAGGAAUUGGGCAUCGUUCUCAAUGCGGAGAAAUGCCAGUUCAAAGUCACAGAACUUACCUUCCUCGGACAUGUUGUGUCCAACAGAGGAAUGAAAGUGGACCCCUCAAAAGUCAAGGCGAUCCGUGAAAUGGAUCCUCCCAAGUGUAGAGAUGACGUACAUCGACUCCGUGGCAUGGUGAACUACUUAUCUCGGUACUUACCACAUCUCACAGAAGUUCUGCAGCCAAUCAAUGACCUGACCCACAAAGAUGUUGCAUGGACAUGGGAUGAAAUCCAUGAGCAAUCAUUCAAGAAGGUGAAAGAACUCUUGACCCAAGCACCUCUGCUCAAGUACUAUGACCAAAAGAAGCCCUUGGUCAUCCACGCCGAUGCAAGCGCUCAUGGAAUUGGGGCUGCUAUGAUGCAAGAUGGUCAGCCUGUUGCUUAUGCUAGUCGUGCGUUGAGUGAUGCAGAGUCGAGAUACGCAGUUAUCGAAAAGGAGAUGCUCGCCAUCGUGUUUGCUCUAGAAAAGUGGCACCAGUUCACAUUUGCACGAGAGGUGACUGUCUACAGCGAUCAUAAGCCACUAGAAUGCAUCGUGAAGAAACCCCUUGAUAGGGCGCCGAAGAGGCUUCAAGGCAUGCUCCUCCGUGCCAUGGCAUACAACAUCGAGGUGAAGUAUCUGAAAGGAAAGGAGAACCACUUGGCCGACCCCCUUAGUCGUUCAUGUCUACCGUAUGAAGGAGGACAAGAGGAGUUUGAAGUGGUCAACUCGAUCACACACCUGAUGCUCCCCGAUGACAGGGUUCAGGAGAUAAGGAGACACACAGCUGCUGAUGAGACUCUAAGAAUGUUGAAAGACACCAUACUCGAAGGAUGGCCUGAUCACAAGUCUCAGCUUUCAUUGCAACUCACACCAUACUUCAACAUCAGAGAUGAACUGACUGUCAGUGAUGGUGUUAUCUUCCGUGGUGAACGUCUCGUAAUACCUAAGCAGAUGAGGGCUGAAAUCAAACAUGAUCUACAUGUUGGUCACAGUGGUAUCGAAGGAACCCUCAGAAGAGCAAGAGAACUUGUCUACUGGCCUAGAAUGAAUCAAGAGAUCUCAGAGUACAUUCAGACAUGUGAGACAUGCCAGGAACAUUCAAUCUCCCAAGCAGCGCUCCCUUUGAUGUCUCACGAAAUACCUGAUAGACCCUGGGAAAAGAUUGGAAUGGAUCUCUUUCACUACGACGGUGACACAUACCUUAUCACUGUGUGCUAUCACUCAAACUUUUGGGAGAUAGACAAGCUUUACAAAAGCACUGCAACAUCUGUGAUAAACAAACUGAAGGUCCACUUUGGGAGAUAUGGCAUUCCAGAUAUCAUCAUCAGUGACAAUGGUCCUCCGUUCUCAUCACGGGAAUUUGGCACCUUCAUCAAGGAAUGGGGAAUCACAUACAAUCCGAUCUCCCCAUACAACAGCAAGAGUAAUGGCAAAGUUGAAUCUGCCGUCAAGUCUGCCAAGAAGAUGAUGAAGAAAUGUAAACAGACAGGAGACAGCAGGAAUCUAGCCCUCUUGAACAUCAGGAAUACACCAACGCAGGGUAUGGACAGCAGUCCAGCACAGAGGUUUCUGGGACGACGCACAAAGACCCUGACACCUACCAUGCGCCCACUCCUUCAGCCCAGAGGAAGCAGCAAGAAUGAGAUGAAACAAAUGAAACUCAUUCAAGCAAAACAGGCAAAAUACUACAACAGGCGAACCAAGGAGCUGCCUGUUCUUGAGGAUGGUGAUACAGUACGCAUGAAACCAUUCCAGCCAGGACGCGACAUUUGGCAGAAGGCCAAAGUCCUACAGAAACUAGACGAGAGAUCUUAUGAGGUGAUCUCUGGUGGACAUACAUACCGGAGAAACCGAGAGCACCUUAGAGCAACAAGGGAAUCCCCAGACAGUGAGAUUUCCAUCCCUACGCUACCCGAUAUUGAGACGGAUGUCAACGAUGACGCGGCUCGUUCUAGACCUGAUGACACCAAGGACCUACAACCAGCUGCUUUGCCUGAUCAACCUCAGACAUCAAGCCGCCUACAUGACCAAGAGCCAACAGAGCUGAGAAGAUCAUCUCGUCGACGUCAUGAACCAAGCAGCAUGAAAGACUUUGUUAGAUAUUAA